AUGGCCCGUCGUCCAGCUCGUUGCUACCGCUACUGCAAGAACAAGCCGUACCCCAAGUCGCGCUUCAACCGUGGUGUGCCAGACCCAAAGGUACGCUCCAUCGCAGAGGCGGCAGCCCGUUUGCCAUACACGCAGCAGACGCUGACAUCCACCCUAGAUCAGAAUCUUCGAUCUUGGACGUAAGCGUGCCAACGUCGACGAGUUUCCUACCUGCGUCCACCUCGUCUCCAACGAGUAUGAGCAGCUGAGCUCCGAGGCCCUCGAGGCCGCCCGUAUUUGCGCCAACAAGUAUGUCACGAAGAGGAGGAAGAAGGAUCGCAUAUUAGGACAGAGGAGCUGACAUCUGGAACCAGGUACAUGGUCAAGACCGCCGGAAAGGAAGGUUUCCACAUGCGUGUCCGCGCCCACCCAUACCACGUCGUCCGCAUCAACAAGAUGUUGUCGUGCGCUGGUGCCGAUAGACUGCAGACCGGAAUGCGUGGUGCUUUCGGAAAGCCAAACGGCACUGUUGCCCGUGUCAACAUCGGCCAGAUUCUCCUCUCCAUCCGGACGCGUGACUCCCGUAAGUAUCCGCGAGAAAGCAGCCUCGAUCUGUCCCUGACCCUAACAUGCUUUGACAGACCGCGCUACCGCCAUCGAGGCCCUCCGUCGCUCGCAGUACAAGUUCCCAGGUCGCCAAAAGAUCAUCGUCUCCAAGAAGUGGGGCUUCACUCCUCUCAACCGCGACGAGUACAUCGAGAAGCGCAAGGCCGGCGCCGUCCGUGUCGACGGUGCCUACGUCCAGUUCCUCAGCAAGCACGGCCCGAUCGAGUACAACGUGCGCCGCUUCCCAGAAGCCUUCGAGACCGAGGCAUAA